AGUCGGAGGCCACCCUUCAGAAGCUCCGCAUGGACCUGAUCCGCCUUCAGCACCAGACAGAACUGGAGAACCAGAUAGAGUACAACAACCGCCGCGAGAGAGAGCUCCACCGCAAACACGUCCUGGAGCUACGGCAGCAGCCCAAGAACCUCAAGGCCAUGGAGCUGCAGAUUAAGAAGCAGUUCCAGGACACGUGUAAGGUCCAGACCAAGCAGUACAAGGCCCUGAGACACCACCAGAUGGAGGUUACGCCCAAGAGCGAGCACAAGACGGUGCUCAAGGCCCUUAAGGAGGAGCAGACCAGGAAACUGGCCAUCCUGGCUGAGCAGUACGAACAGAGCAUCAACGAGAUGAUGGCAUCGCAGGCGCUGCGUCUGGACGAGGCCCAGGAAGCCGAGUGCCAGGCUCUGAGGCAGCAGCUGCAGCAGGAGAUGGAGCUGCUGAAUGCCUACCAG